UGGUCCUCCCACCUUUCCAGGGCUGAUAGAGGAAAUGUCCUUUUAAAGCCGGAGCGUUCGCAAAUGUAGGAAUUCUUCUGCUGUGACUGAGUGUUUCCGGUUGGGUGUGAGCUUGCUUUUGGAGGAUUCUCCGAGAAAGUUUCAGAAAAUGUCGAAAUCAUUGAAAAAAAUAGUGGAAGAAUGCAAGGAAAAGAAUCAGACAGAAUUGGAUUUGAGUGACAGAGGAAUCUCUAAUAUGCUGGAUAUUUCAGGACUGUUCACUCUCUCCAACAUCACCCAGCUGGUGUUAAGUCACAACAAGUUAACGAGUGUUCCAGCAAAUAUAGCUGACCUGAGGAAUCUGGAAGUACUGAAUGUUUUCAACAAUCAGAUCGAAGAUCUUCCAACGCAAAUAAGUAGCCUACAGAAACUAAAGCAUCUUAACCUUGGCAUGAACAGGUUGAACUCUCUGCCACGAGGAUUCGGGUCUCUGCCAGCCCUGGAAGUGCUUGAUUUGACAUACAACAACCUGAGUGAAAAUUCUCUACCUGGCAACUUCUUCUACCUCACCACCUUGCGUGCACUCUAUCUAAGUGACAACGAUUUUGAAAUCCUGCCGCCAGAAAUUGCGAAGCUCACAAAGCUGCAGAUCAUCAGCCUAAGGGACAAUGACCUCAUAUCGCUCCCAAAGGAGAUUGGGGACUUGUCUCAGUUGAAGGAGCUCCAUAUUCAAGGAAAUCGACUCACUGUGCUUCCCCCUGAAAUGGGUAAUUUAGAUCUUACUGGUCCAAAACAAGUCUUCAAAGCAGAAAACAAUCCUUGGGUUACACCAAUUGCUGACCAAUUCCAACUAGGUGUAUCCCAUGUCUUUGAAUAUAUUCGUUCUGAAACCUACAAAUACCUUUAUGGCAGGCACAUGCAAGCGAACCCUGAACCUCCAAAGAAAAGCAAUGACAAGUCCAAGAAGAUAAGCCGGAAGCCUCUGGCUGCAAAGAACAAAUGAGAGAGUUGAUGGAUUUUCAUCUCACUGUUGAAUCCUUCUUGCAUGUGCCCCUGAUCUGUAUUUAUUACCUCAACUAUCUGAACACAUUAUGCCAGGAACAAUAUAUGGCUUUUUUGUGCCUAAAGAUUUUUUAAUGGCUUAAUAUCUUGAAAUUUUAACAUUCUUUCCAUAAUUGCCAUCAAGCAUUCAUUACCGGCAACUACACUUUGGGAGAACAGCCCCCGCCUCCCCCCCCACCUCCCCCCACCAUUAUCCCCAAUUCGCAAAUCAUAAAAAGAAUAGGUUAUUUAUGCCACAAGAAAUGCAAACAUUUGUCACGUGCUUUCAGAUUUAUUCUUUUGCUAAUGUAGUAUCUGAAUUUUUACUGCUUUUAUGAUGUUUAAGUAAAUCUCUAUUUAUAUGUA